GAAUCGAAGUUACCUUAAUACCACAACUCCAACAAUACAUCAUUUUAGUUUUUUUCAGCUCAGUUCAUUUCAUUUUGUCAGUUCCUGCCGUCAACAAAUUCCAAGUCCAUACAUCCCAGAUCCCCUGCUCCGAGUGUUGCAUGGAGAACGGAGGAGGCAACUCGACUCCGGCCCAGCCCAAGGCCAGUCGCAAAAGAUGUCCAUCGACCAUUGCCUCUGUUCUUGGCAAAACUGGGGAUAGAAUUUUGCGAAUGGAGGGGCCUCUUCCCAAACUCCGGAUAAUAUCCGAUGACCCUGAAGGUGAGGAUCCCAAUAAAAAUGAUCCGAGAUCUAUAUCAAUGGUGGCACCUGGUGGCCUGCGAUUCGGUAGCCAGGAUUUAACCAAUGGCGCUAUAACCGACGAAAUUCCUCGGGCAUCCGAUGAGAGCGACGAAAAGGGAGGAGCCCUGCGUUUCGCCAGUGAGAGUAGUCAAGAUGGCAUCCCAGGGGCGACGUAUUAUGAAAGGGAUAGCAGCAUAGAAUCUGAUCUCAUUAAACCCACCCAGGACACGGGCAGCUGUAAUCGUCCACAGGGACGUACAGUGGGCAGGAACACGAUGGGCUUUAAUUCCUACAUGAAAUCCGUUGCUCGGUGCCCUGAUGAUGUGGAGUGCUCCGAUGAGUGUGGCUAUGGCACUGGCUGCCAAAUGCAAUGCAGGGAGAUCCAUGGCAUUGCACCGGAUAGCUUAACAUCCUCGUUAACUCUCCCAAACCUAAGCAUAACUGCACAAACUGCACCGAUUGUUUAUCCAGGUCUAUCAGCUCGCCCCGGUGGGUCAAAUAAUUACCCCGAUAUGCAAAUAGCAGGCUAUAAUGAUUCUUCUGGUGGACCCUAUAGAACUCUCAUGGAAUGUCCAGAUAGCUGUCCAGGUGAUACCACUACACAGCUAAAUUUCUAUAUAAUGCUUCUACUGGAAGUCUUCGGUGUGCUAAUCUUCUUUGCCAUCUGCACCAUCACCUUCUGGAUAACCUUGGCCUAUCACUUUAUCAAGCUUUUGGUGGAACUCAAAAACGCUGACCGCAACACCCAGGUGGCAGUGGCCAUUGUAUUUGGUUUGCUUUUCCUUGCCUUUGCUAUUUGUCAUUUGACCAGUGGGAGGAGCACCUGUUGCCGUCAUUCGGAUAGAUCCCAUCGGCGUAAUUGGAAAAAGGGUGCCAGCUGCCACACGGUCAAGCCCGAGCCUAGGACCCCAAUAACAGUCAGGGUUCUAUCUCAGAUAAAAAAGCUAAUGUCCUUGGGUUGCGGCAAGUGCAACAGUUCCCGACCGAAGGCCAGUUCUCCAUGCAAGGCCAAGAAGGAGGUGGUGGCGCCAUGUCGUCGAAAGCCAAAAUACAGCGACUGUGAAGGUCGGGCCAUUUUCAUCAACUCUAGACGCUAUGCCAUUCCAACGGAAAUGAAGCAACCUCCCACUAUACUCCUCUGGCUGCUCGAUGUGAUCGGUCGCUAUAUGUAGUAGGAUCAACAGAAUAAUAAGCUAAAUUGUUCACCUGUCAAUGAUUAUAACAGAUCAAUCAAUACAUUGGAAACAGGAGGAGGAAUAGUUUGGACCAUGGCUUUAACCAAGAGCUCACUUGGUAACACAACCCGGCGCAAAAUUUCAUGUGUUUUAAUAAAUAUUUCCUUUCAUACAAAGAA